GUAAAUAUUGUCAGUGACGAGGUUGCCGACGAUCGUAGCCAUGUUGAUUAUAUUCUGCCUGUUGUCACUAAUAGUUUCCGCUUCGUGUUUUCAAUCUCGAAUAGUGGGAGGCUCAGCUACAACCAUCACUAAGUAUCCGUAUCAGGUUUCUAUUCAUUAUAACGAUAAGCUCCAAUGCGGCGGUUCGAUAAUUAGCAAGCAAUGGAUCUUGACAGCGGCCCACUGCGUUUAUGGCGGAAAAUUAUCGCUCUUCAAAGUCCGAGUGGCAAGUACUUACUAUGACAAAGAGGGUACUAUGAUCACAGGCAUUUCCUCGAUUAUUCCGCACGAGUGGUACGACGAGGACACUUACGAUUACGAUGUCGCUUUGAUCAAAUUGUCUGCCGCUUUGAAGUUGAGUUCGAAAGCGAAAGUCGUAGAUCUGGCGACACCCUCGACGAACAUAAAGACCGGCAGCAAGGCGAUUGUUACAGGAUGGGGAAAAACGUCGUUGAACGGCCAGAGUUCGAAAGUACUGCAAACUCUAACGGUGCCGGUAAUAGAUCAAGAGAUCUGUCGAAAGAUCUUCGUACGUCAUCGGAUAGUAACAUCGACUAUGCUGUGCGCUGGAUACACCACCGGGGGAAAAGACACCUGUCAGGGCGACUCCGGCGGACCGCUCGUGCACAACGGCGUCCAAAUUGGGAUCGUGUCCUGGGGCGCUCAGUGCGCGAGUGUUGGAUAUCCUGGAGUGUACACGCGAGUAUCCGCCAUACGGAGUUGGAUAACCAAGCGGGCGAACGUGUAGCAGAAUUAAUUUUUCCCAUCUCGUCCGUGCGUUCUCCGAGAUAGCGGGGAGGUCAGUGUACCGUUGAAAAAAUAUUUGCUUUUGUUUAGCCGCGUCAAAACCGGCGGACAUUAUGAGAAAGAUACCACUUACGCGAUGCUUAUUUCGCAACACGAGAAAAACUGGAAAUCUACGACCGAAGAAAAGGAUAUUAUUUGCAACAAUGUUGCUGUGUAAUUGCGAAACUGUUAAAAACCGCACAAUCUCGUAAACUUAUAUACUUGUUACAUUUUAAUCUUCACAAAUAAAUAUUGUUUUUAUCUUUUA